AUGGCAAUGCAGGCAGAUUCUUCUGCCUUAAGUCCCGAAGUAGUUGGGAAUGCCUUUGUGGAGCAAUACUACAGUAUUCUUUGUAAAUCACCUGAUAAUGUUCACAGAUUUUAUCAGGAAUCAAGUAUGCUAAGCCGGCCGGAUCCUUCCAGUGCUAUGACCUUGGUGACGACCAUCAAAGGCAUAAAUGACAAGAUUUUGUCUAUGGACUAUCAGAAUUUUAAGGUCCAGAUAUUUUCUGCUGAUGCUCAAGCUUCGUAUAAUAAGGGAUUGAUUGUUUUGGUAACUGGUUGUUUGGUUGCAAAGGAUAAUUUGAGAAGGAAAUUCACUCAAUCAUUUUUUCUAGCUCCACAAGACAAAGGAUACUUUGUAUUAAAUGAUGUUUUCAGAUAUGUGGAUGAAAAUCAUGAAAUGGAAGACAAAGAAGAAUCUAAAGGGGUUGAAAAUAAUAAAGCUGAUGAAAGUGCUCCAGCAGCUCCUUUGGCUGCUGAUCCUGAGCCAAUUUUUGCUCCCAAUAACCAUGCUGUGAAUCACAAUUCACCAACCCCUGCAAAUGAGGACACUGAAAACAGCAAAGAAGCCAGUCAUCCUUUGGACAAUGGAAAAGUUUUGGUGGCUGAGAAAGUGGUUGUUCCAGAGCAUCCAAUCGUUUCAAGCCAGAAUGAUGCCCCUCCGGUCACAAAGACCCCUGCUUCUAAAACACAAGACGAAGUCCCCAAGAAAUCUUUUGCAUCAGUGGUACAUGAUUUGAAGAAGAGUAAUUCUCCAUUUAAUGUUGUUCUGAGGGUUCCACCUGUUAAAUUUGUGGAACAAUCACGGGUCACUGCAGCAGCAGCUAUAGAAACUGCUCCUAAUAGCAACAGUUCCGUGGAUAAAAACAAUAAUAAUGCAGCAGUUAAGGGUCACUCCAUAUUUGUUGGAAACUUGCCUGAUACUGCAACAGUUGGACAACUUAAGGUGGUUUUUGAGCAAUUUGGGCCUAUUAAACCAGAUGGCAUUCAAGUUAGAAGUCAGAAGCAAACAGGGAACUGUUUCGGUUUUGUAGAAUUUGAAUCUGCCAGUUCAGUGCAAAGUGUGCUCAAGGCUUCUCCUAUUUCAAUUGGCAAUCGAAGAGCUUCCAUUGAAGUAAAGCGAGGAAAUAGCGAUGGUGGCAGGUUUCCAUCAAGUCAGGGUGGUUAUCGAGACAAUAAUUUUAGGCGGCCUGGGAACUUUAAUGAAGGCCGUGGCUACAGGAGAAAUGAGUAUGAGAAGCGUGGUGAGUUUGCAGGUCGUGCUCGUGGCACUAGCAACCGCGAUGGAGAGGUUAACCAGAAAGGUAAUCAGAUUGGAGGAAAAGUUGCCCGUCAAGGUGGAGUGUAGUAGAUUGCUCAUCUUUCUGCUUCAUUUAGUUAUCUUCAAUUUUUCUCCUUUUGAGUCGUUAGUGAGCAAAUAUAGGCAGCAAUUUUGAUUUUUAUUGUUGAUUUAUCGGCAUUAUAUCUAGGUUAAUUCUUGUUCAGCACCAUUCAGGUAAGUCAUAAAAUCUAAGAAAAAUAAUCUUGAUUCAUUUUUCCUUAUACCCUGACUGUAAUAUUAUACUUGAAACUUACAUGAUUGGAGCUGAAACCUUUGUUUCUCUCCCUGGCUUAUUUUGCAUGGAAAUAAUUUCCGUUACCAGGGACUAUUGUCAAGAUAUAUAUUAGAUUUGUACUUUCAAAAAUAUUAGAACUUAUUUUACAUGUAUUUAUCUCUAUAUCCAACACUAGAGGGAAUUUUGCUGGGAAGUUUUAAACAAAUAAACAUGGGCCAGAUAGUGUGUCCAUGAGAUA